UCACACUCUCUUUCUUUUAUCUCUCUCUUUCUUGGCCUUUGUAAUAAAACAACUACUUGGAGAACAAGUUCAAAAUGGAGAAUAUGUGCUAAUAAGCUUUAUUUUUAUUUUUAAUUUUUGGGGGGGUUGGUCUGAUAAUCUCUGUCUCUCAAAUUCUCAUGGAUAUGAAAGAAGAGGAGGUAAAGACGGAGAAUUCGAUGGCAAUUUUCUCCGAUGAGAUUCCGAUGAAUAAUUUUUCUUUUUCAGGCAUAUUUGACAUGCCAUGUGAAGCGGCUGAAAAAGAUCCUUUAGGGGGUUUCAUGGACUUGCUAGGAAUCCGACAUGACCACUUUCCUCCUUCUCAUGAUUUAUUCGAUUUGCCUUCUCUCACCACCACCACCACCACCACCACCACCUCUUCUUUCUCUGCUGCUGCACCCACUUCCAUUGCUGCCUUGAUGUCGUCGUCGAUGACGAUGACGAUGACGAUGCCAGCGCAACCACUCCCUUCACCUUCGCCGCCUUCCAGUACUGUACUCCCUGAGACCUCUGAGGUUCUCAACACCACCCCCACAACCCCAAACUCAUCUUCUAUUUCUUCAUCUUCAAAUGACGACCAAACUAAACCACUUCAAGAAGAAGAAGGAGAUGCUGACCAGCAGGAUCAGGAAAAAACCACCCACAAGCAGUUGAAACCCAAAAAGAAGAACCAAAAAAGGCAAAGGGAGCCGAGAUUUGCGUUCAUGACAAAGAGUGAGGUUGAUCAGCUUGAUGAUGGGUACCGAUGGCGCAAGUACGGACAAAAAGCUGUGAAAAAUAGCCCUUAUCCAAGGAGCUACUACCGGUGCACCAGUGCAGGGUGCGGUGUGAAAAAGAGGGUAGAGAGAUCUUCCGAUGACCCGUCGAUCGUCGUCACCACCUACGAAGGCCAGCAUACUCAUCCGAGCCCGGCAACUCCUCGAGGAAGCAUCGGAAUCGCUCCCAUGGAGUCCGGUGGGUUCGUCCCGCCGGCUGCCACUUCACCAUCACCCUUUGUCAUUCCUCAACUUCCAAACUACCAACAGCAACAACAACAUUCAUUUAUAUAUAGCUCACCCCCUUCUCUUAAUAUUAGCUCCAGUACUACUGGUUUUAGUCCUUCCUCCUCUUCUUCUUCUUCUUUUCCAGCUUUCGUUCAAGAAAGACAUAAUUAUAAUUACAUACCAUCUUCGGCUUCUCUCCUCAGAGACUAUGGACUUCUUGAGGAUCUAGUGUCCACCCAGAUGAGGUCUACGGAGCAGAGAGAUGGUGAUAUGAUUGAUUAAUUUGAUUUGUUAUGUUUUUAUUGAUGAAGCUGGUAUGUAAUUCUGAUCUAACUCACUACUACUUCUGGGUUUGAUUAUCUUCUACACCCCAUUUUCAUGAGCUUAGUGUAUCUUUCAGCUUAUAUUUAUGUCACUGUAAAAAUCACUAGCCUUUUUGGCCUGUCAAAGGGGACUUAGUAGUAGUUUCGCACUCGAUCGGGGAUUUCUUUUUCUUUCUUGUGUUUAUUCUUUGUACUUAGUGAUCAUAACUCAAAUUUUAUGCAGAUUUAUUUUAUCAAUUUGGUUUUGUA